UAAACGGUCUCCAGGUCAAAAUUGAGGGCGCCACUUGUUGAUCGGCUUGGGUUUCGACAGAUCCAAAUUCGAAAUUUCCUAAUCCUCCGCCCCUUUCACCGAGUGCGGCCGCUCGACGUUUAUCGCCACUCGCCAGGAGGCCGCCGGAGCGUUUGAAGCGGAGGGCCGACGACCCGGGAGACGAGGACCGAUCAAGGCGGAGGUUGGUAUUCACGUCCAUUGUUCAGUCUCCAAGAUGGAGUAAAUCGAGAGUCGGCCUCCCGAAAAUUGACUCCGUCUUCUUUUCUGCCCCGUUUGAAUGACGUGUUGCAGACAGUACAAGCAACAAAAUCAUCCAAACUGGGUGCGAUGGCGAGGGGUAGAAGGACCAAAGCGGCCCCUUGUACUAGGAAUGGGGAGAAUCGACUCAAAAGGAGAAAUUUGAAGACGGAGUUUCAAGGGAAACUUUCUCACACGAGCCCAAACGGUAAAAUAACAUCUUAUUUUGAAGGUGGUGAGAAAGAGGCCGAAUUGAGUUUGUUACGACUGUCACCGAGGAAGCAUGCAUCGACCGCUUCCAUCUUACAGCAGACCAACGGGUUCAUAACGACGAGCCCCCAUAGAAUAGAGAUUAAGACAGAAGCCCUACCUGAAGAGAAAUUAGAGAGAGCCCAAACUAAUGUCGACAAACCUCCGUUGGUGGAGUGCAAGACCGGGAAGCUAACAGACUAUUUCCCGGUUAGACGGAGCGAAAGAAAAACUAAAAAGACUGUGCUAGAGGAAAGACAGAAAAACAUUGAGGAGGCUGUGCUAUCGAAAAGAGAGGAUGGUCUCGAGGUUCACAUGUUUCCUGGAAAGGGGAGGGGAAUCGUAGCCAAAAGGAACUUCCUCAGAGGUGAUUUUGUAGUCGAAUACGCCGGAGAGCUUAUUUCGCUUGAAGAGGCCAAAAUUAGGGAAGCCAUUUAUUCACAAGACCAAAACACAGGAUGUUACAUGUAUUACUUUAUGUACAAAAACACCCAAUUCUGCGUUGAUGCAACUAUAGAAUCGAGUAGGCUUGGGCGCCUGGUGAACCAUUCUAGAAAUGGUAAUCUUGUAACUAAAACUAUUUACGUUGGAGGCAAGCCAAGGCUUGUACUCAUAGCAAAAGAAGACAUAAAAGUUGGUGACGAACUUACUUACGACUAUGGAGAUAGGAGUAAAGAAUCGUUAAAAUACCAUCCUUGGUUAGCCCUUUAAGUAUUAAUUUGAUCUGACAACUGUUUUUAACUUUUACGGCUCUUCCCAGAGGUUAAAACUGAAUUUUUAAAAUGAAUGUACAAACUCAACUUAUGGUCUCUUUAGGUAAAAUAUAAGAAAUCUGAUGUACAGUAAUAAUUGUUAACUUUCAUUCGACAGAGCAGUUGUUACUAGUGUUGAUUUAUUAAGACUGUUAAAACAAUUAUUCAAAUCAUCUUGUAAAUUACUGAUGUAAUAUAUUUAAAUCUAGUUGAAAUUUUAGAAUUAAAACUAUUUUAUUAUCACAAAGAUUGUUCCUGAUUAAAAACUUCUUAUGUGAAUAUUAAGUAAAUUGUUUUAGUUGUGUUAGCCUUAACCUUUAUUUUUAAAAUUGCACAAAUCAACCUCUAUGAAUUAUGUACACUUGACUAUUCCUAGAUGUAAUUUGUUUAAUGAUAACAGCCAUAUUUAUUAUAUUUAUAUUAAAUAAAGUGUCCUAAAUAUCAA